UGUAAACAGUCGAAAGUUGUUUCUAUUAUUGGGAGAAUUUGGUUAGGUUUGUGUAUUUUGAAUCAAAAUAUUUCUAGAUGCCGCACACAGGUGGGAGACACCAAAAGCGGCAAGGAAAUGGAGAAAACUUAAUGCAGCUUACUCUUCUCCUGCUGAUGGAGUGACAGCCAACGUGGAAUGAUUGAUGCUUCUGCACCAUAAUUUCCAUCUGUGUAUUCCAUAGCACCCAUGCCACAUGUGGGGCAUUUCAUGAUGAUGACUGAUCCUGUGGGUGAGCUAUCCGGAAUACCAGCAGCACAUAGAGCUUGGAGAGAAGGCAUGGAAGCUACUGUGCCUGGAAGCUGUGAAGGAGAAGUAAUUUGUGGCAUACCAAGUGAUUGUUUGCUUUACACUCAGAACAAUGGUGCCACAUUUUCUCAGAAUAGUGUUCCUGAACCAAACAUCAAUGUUGUGACGCAGCCAGAUAUCGAAGUUGUUCAGUAUGAAUUUCCAGAUCAGGGAUUUCUUGAUAUUCAGGAAGAAGAAGUUGUUUGUGAAACAUGGGGCGAUGUUGUUGUCCCAACUGAGGAGAGCGAUAAUGUUGACGAGGUGAAAUUCUCCUACACUUUGAAAUACGAGACAGAAGAUGUUGAAAUUCCUCUACCCCAGGAUCAGGACUCAUACUUGGCUGCUAGGCCAUAUCCUUGUGAUUUUUGUAGCCGCCGUUUUCGAAAGAAGGCCAAUCUAAUGAACCAUAUGGUGGCUCAUCAGACUGAUAGGCCUCAUGGCUGCAAUAUGUGUGGUGCUAGAUAUCGUCGUAAGUGUGAUCUUAUAAAUCACAUGAAAAUACAUGCAUAUGCACCUGGCAGGGAUGUGCUAACUGAUGAAGAGGAAGAGGAAGCAGAAGAAGAAGAUGAUGAUGAAGGCGAAGAAGAAGAAAUAGAGGAAGAGGAGGAGGAUGAUGAGGAUGAAGAGGAAGAUGAUGUCCAUGAAGAGGAAGUUGAGAUUGAGGUAGAUAAUGAAAGUGAAUGGGUUGGUAGAAUGAGUUAUUCUCAAAAUGAAGGUACAGCUAGGAGUCGCCGGAAAAAGAAUCAGAUGAGAAAGAGGAAAAAUAAUCAUGUAAAUAGAGGGAAUAGAGGACGCACUCUAAGUGGCAAAGGCUUAAAACAACGAAAUUACAACAGCUUUUCUGGUAGAAGAAAAUAUGCUAAUGAGAAUAGUGUAAACAUUUCUGCUCACAAUUAUGUGGAAGAGGAUGUGAAAUUGUUAAAGCAGAAUGUUUCCUCGUAUUCGUUAGAUUCCACACAACAAUCAGAAAAUGAAGAUCAAGAUCCACCUGCACCACGCUGGCCUGUUGUUGAUGAAACGAGGCCUUAUGUGUGCCAACAUUGUGGUGUUGGUUUUGCUCGAGAGAAGGCACUUGGCUCUCAUGUGAGGAUCCACGCUGGCGAUAGUCCUUUUGAAUGUAACACCUGUGGUGAAAUGUUUUGGGAUGUCAAUCUUCUCCGUGAUCAUUCCAAAGCAAAACAUCCUGGAAAAUACGAAGCCUCUACUGCCUUUGUGGAGAGGUUUAGUGAAUUCCGUUGUGAUGUAUGUGGAGUGAAAUUUCAGCGUCAGGAUUUGCUCAGGAGGCAUCAAAGACUUCAUAUCAAAGAUGAACAGAGCUAUGAUGAAGGAUUCCAUCAUUGUCAAGAAUGCGGUCAGAACUUCAAUAGUCGUACUGACAUGUUGUCACAUAUGGAAACUCAUGGACGUUACCAACCACAUCGGUGCAUGCUUUGUGGAGAAUGCUUUGCAGAUUCUGCAUCUGUAGCAACCCAUGUAAAGCGUAGACAUGCUAGAACUAUUCCUCCAAAUGCCUGCACCCUUUGUGGAAAAACAUGCAGGGACAGACGAUCACUGCAGAAACAUUCGUGGGUUCACUCUGCAGAGAGAAGCUUUGCUUGUCAGAAGUGUUCAAAACGUUUCCACAGCCGAUCUCGUCUGAAAAGGCAUAUGGUGUCACACCGUGAUAAAGCGGUUGCUUGUGAAGAAUGUGGCGAAGAAUUUCCAGAUGGUCGUGCACUCAUCAACCAUCGUCACAGUCAUAACCGAGACAGUUCAGGACGUCAGUUUGCUUGUUUACAGUGUGGAAAAACUUUUGGUUCUCGUAGUAGUCAGCAAAUUCACGCCAGAAUACACACUGGAGAACGUCCAUAUGGAUGUAGGUACUGUUGGAAAGCUUUUGCGGAUGGGGGAACUCUCAGGAAGCAUGAAAGGAUACACACUGGAGAAAAGCCUUAUGCAUGUCCAAUUUGUCCACGAGCGUUUAAUCAAAGGGUUGUUCUUCGUGAACACAUCCGAUCUCAUCACUCUGGUCCUGAAAUGAUGCCCAGCUCAAGCAGUGGGCCUCAUUUUGUUUGCAAAGUGUGUGCUGCAUCCUUUGAUUGUUCGGAAGAUUUAUGUGCACAUUUAAUAAAACAUAGUGAUGAAAACACUGCAAAACACCGUUUACCAAAACUUGGUCCAAGAAAGUACAAACGAAGACGUAAGUUUAGUGUCCAUGAGUUCAAUUUAUUUUCAUUUGGAAGUGAUAGAGUGGAUUCUGUAGACAAAAGUGAAGAUGAUUCUGAUGAUGUGAAACAUAAAAUUAUUAAACGCAAGUAUAAAAUUAAACCAAAAUCUGGUUCUGGUACAACAGCAUCUGAUCUAGGGACUCAUACUGCGAAUAAUCUUCAGUCAGUUGCUGAUAAUCUAGAUUCAGUUGUCCAGAAUUUCAAUUCAAUUGUUACCAGUGAUAUGAAGAGUGACACCAGUAAAAGAUUAAGUAAGUCCAAAGGUAAAUGCAGUGGAGUGAAUAGUACAAAAACUGAUAGUGCAAAUGCAAAAUCUGGAAUUUCUAGCUCAGUCUCUGGAGGUUUUCUGAAGAGUACACGACCUGCGGGUGAAGCCCGGCCGCGACCACGAACUAAGAAUGUGAAUCUCAGCACACUGGCAGCCCUUAAAGCUGUCAGUUUGAAGGCAGCUGGUGACUCUGCUAUGAGCAAAACUCCAGAGUCCAUGAAAGGGAGACCAAGGACAAAAAAUGUUAGUUAUCACAAUGUGAAAAUGGCAAAGUUAGAAGUAGCUAGGUUUCCAAAUGCAACGAAGGCUGAUGCCAGUUGUGAAAAAGUUGUUAGAAACAAUUUGAAAACUACGAAUGAUAUAAAAGAACCAAAGCAGUCAAUUUUUGAACUUGUCUCAAAUGCGGGUAUGUUGUCUGAUAGUGAUGAAGAUGGAGAUAUGAAAGUUGAAUAUACAUGUGAGAUGUGCAGUGAAACAUUUACAAAAAGAUCUGAACUUCUGGUUCAUGUACCAAUUCAUAUAUGAAAUAGAUUGUUACAGUCUCUAAAGAGGAUAAGCAAUAUGAAUAUUUAACUGAAAUACUUUUAUUAAUUGAAAGUACUGUUCUUGUUUUUAUAAAACAUACAUAUUGUUACUUGUCUGCCUUCUCUAUUAGUUCUUGCUCUGUUGACUGUAGAUUAGUGAUUUAAUUAUAAACAAAGACACAUAAGACAGUAAAGUAAUUUCAGGGAAGCUGAAUGAAACUAUUUUUGCAAGACAAAAAAACUUCAUUCUUAAGCUUGUUGCGUGUGAAAUUGUAUAUUUUGAUGCAGUUUUAUUUUUUAUCAGUGACAAAUUGUGUGUAUUUUGCAAAGUAUUAGUGUAAAAAUGGACUUCUAUUUUGUUUUAGAGUUUAUUUAUGUCCUUGACAAAAUAUAGAAAGCAAGAUUGUAUUUGUGCACAAAUCUGCAUAGUGGGUUUCACUUAUACAACAUUUUGGAAAAAAUAUUUAAUGUCUGAGAUUUAUGAACCGGAAUACAUAUUUUUAUGUAGUAAAAAUGCUAAUUUAUUACAGUUGAAAUGAUUAAAUGCAACCAUUUGCAUUAAAUCAAUACAUGUCAUAUAUUUGGAAUGUUUUAUCUUGUUUAUUGAAUAGGAAUGAUUAUGUUCCUAAAAGUGAACUGAUGCUAUAAAUGUUAUAUUAUGCUUACACAGAGCUAAAAUUCCGUUUUGUUAAUUAUUUUUUAUAUUUCAACAGCACUUAAGGAAAACUUCUCAAAGCACUUUUUGAGUACCAUAGAUGAUUGUGGAUGAAUGUUCAUCAUUGGACUCUACAAUUUGGUCUGCAACACAUACAUGUAACAUAAAUAUUUAUUAACCUUUUUUAACAUUGUACUGAGCUUUUAGAAAUAGGAUGAGUCCAAAAAUACAGGAAAAAUAGUAUAUCUUGCAAUCCCCAUUGCACUACAGAUCAGUAAUGUGGAUGGGAAUAAUGGAAGACUGAUGAACUGCUAACUGUGCUUACCUCAGAGAAAGAAAAUGUAUUUUUCUUUAUAGCCCUGCCAUUGAUAUGGUUGCUUCUCUUAAACUGUGGGACCAUUAUCCAGUGCAAAUCGGAGAAGCACACUAUAAAAUAUAUUUCAAAGAUUGCUACUAUAAUGAGUAAAAUAAGCCCUGACAUUAGUCGGAGAUUAUUAUAUAAGAUAUUCGGUUCUAGAUUACUCUGUUGUUGAGGAAAACAAUGGUUUGAUGCCCAUUAAAGUAGCAUUGCAGACUAUUGAGAAGAAAUGCAUUGAAUGAUACAGUCUAAUUGAUGGUUUGAAAAAUUAUGAAGUAGGGUCAUAAAGAAAGAAAUGCAAAUAGCUUUAUUAAACUGACAGACAAAAAAUGUAUAAAGUAAGCUGUUAUAAAAUAAUUAAUUUCUUUAUAUGGUCAGAAUUGGACCACCUAAGCAUGUCACUUUAAGAUAUAAACAAACUGGUCAGAAUGACAGUGUAUUAAAAAUAAAGACAAAACUGCUUCA